GCCCUAGCAUUCCACCGCACAUCACCUCCCGCACUCCUGAAAAAAAGAAAAGAAAAAUCGCCCCCGUCGAUUCUCUCAAUCCACACAAUCAUCGUAGGCGAAAAUCCUGUGCAUCAAUCGGCCAUUGGUGAAGAUUAUCUGUGGAGAUUUUCACGGGCAUUGGAGCCCAAACGAAGGGGAAGAUCAAGAUUUCCCCCUUUUCAAGAUCUUUUUUGUUUUUAAUUGAUUUAAAGCUAAUUAGAGCUUUGUUGUGAGUUUUGCAGACUCUUUGCCUCUUUUGGAGAAAUGGCUAGUAACCCGCAAUCAUCUGGGGCACAGCCCCUUAGGCCCCCGCUGGUGGGAUCUGCAGGUCCACCUCAAAACUUUGGUCCUCCCAUGUCUAUGCAAUUCAGACCUGUGGUUCCAGCACAGCAACAGUUCUUCUCAGCAGCUUCUCAACAAUUCCGACCUAUGGGGCAAGGUAUUUCUGCACCAAAUGUUGGAAUAUCAUCCGGUCAAGCACAACACCCCCAAUUUUCUCAAUCGACACAGCAGUUACUCUCAAGACCAGGCCAGCCAGGGCAAGGCCCACCUUCAUCACAAGGGAUUCCAGUACCUUACAGUCAGCCAAACAGGCCUGUGACAUCUGGGUCCCUACAACAUCAGCAAGGUAGUCAGCCUUUGAACAAUCAUAUUCCUGGCUUAGGUGGUGUGGGAAUGCCUCUAUCUUCAUCAUAUACGUUCGCUCCGUCUUCUUAUGGGCAGCCGCAAAAUAGCAUUAAUGCCACAUCCCAGCAUCAACCAAUGUCUCAGAUGCAUGCACCAAUUAUGUCAAUGGGAGCACAACCUUGGAUGUCAUCUGGAGGUCAUAAUGCACCUCUUGUCACACCUGUGCCACAGACCAGCCAACAACAGUCUUCGGUUACUGCUGCUGCUGUUCCACCAACAAAUUCACCAGCCACCCCUACUGUACAUGCUUCAUCUGAUUGGCAGGAGCACACUUCAGCUGAUGGGAGAAGAUACUAUUACAAUAAGAAAACAAGACAAUCCAGUUGGGAGAAGCCCUUAGAGCUAAUGACACCUAUGGAGAGGGCAGAUGCAUCAACUGUCUGGAAGGAAUUCACUACUCCCGAGGGACGGAAGUAUUACUACAACAAGCUCACUAAACAAUCUAAAUGGAUAAUCCCCGACGAACUCAAGUUGGCUCGUGAACAAGCAGAUAAGGCAGCCAGUCAGCCGGUACACUCAGAAUCUGAUGCAAUGCCUGCGGCCCCAGCUUCAAUCACUGCCCCUCCAAGUGAAGCACCAUCGACAGAAGCUAGCCCGGCUCAGGUUACUCCUGUUGUUAGUGUUGCCAGUGCAUCCUCUGUGAUGGCUACUGGAACACCAUCCACUAUUGCUCCGCCUACGUCUGCUACCCCUCCUAGUUUGCCCUCGGGAACACCAAAUGUGGUUGGUUUGUCAAUCCUUAACUCUUCUGCGGCACCUGCCACUUCCUUGCUCACUUCUGUGUCUGCAAGUGCUGGAGCUCCUGCUAAUUCAUUGGACACUACCACUAUAACGAAGUAUGGGUAAUGGGAGUUAUUUUAUUUUAUGGAUAGUGAUUGGGUUCCUAAUUAUGGAUUAUACUUUCUGUGCCUUUAUCUGUUCUCUCUCUCUCUCUCUCUCUCUCUCUCUCUUGUUUAUUUUGAGAAUACAUCGCUUCUAGAUGUUGCAAAUACUGCAGAUGAAGCUUCUGCUCAGGAUCUGGAGGAAGCAAAAAGGGCCAUGCCAGUUGCUGGUAAGAUCAAUGUUACUCCGUUGGAGGAGAAACCGGUUGAUGAAGAGCCUUUGGUCUAUGCUAAUAAGCUGGAGGCAAAGAAUGCAUUUAAAGCACUCUUGGAAUCUGCGAAUGUUGAGUCUGAUUGGACUUGGGAGCAGGCAAUGAGAGUAAUAAUUAAUGACAAGAGAUACGGUGCUCUGAAAACACUCGGAGAGCGGAAGCAAGCAUUCAAUGAGUAUUUGGGUCAAAGGAAAAAGCAGGAGGUUGAGGAGAGGCGCAUUAGGCAGAAAAAAGCGCGUGAGGAGUUCACCAAAAUGUUAGAAGAAUCAGAAGAACUCACUUCCUUGACUCGGUGGAGCAAAGCUGUAACUAUGUUCGAGGAUGAUGAGCGUUUCAGUGCCGUUGAGCGGGCAAGAGACCGAGAGGAUCUUUUUGAAAGCUAUCUGGUUGAGCUUCAAAAAAAGGAAAGGGCAAAGGCAUUGGAGGAACAUAAGCGUAAUAUAAUGGAAUACAGAGAAUUUCUCAAGUCUUGUGAUUUUAUUAAGGCAAAUAGCCAGUGGCGAAAAGUUCAAGAUCGCUUGGAGGAUGAUGAAAGAUGUUCGCGCCUAGAAAAAAUUGAUCGCUUGGAAAUUUUUCAGGAGCAUAUCCGUGAUUUAGAGAAGGAAGAGGAGGAGCAAAAGAAGAUACAAAAGGAACAAUUAAGGCGAGCAGAACGUAAAAACCGGGAUGAGUUCCGCAAGUUGAUGGAAGGACAUAUUGCUUCUGGAAUUCUUACAGCGAAAACUCACUGGCGUGACUAUUGUAUGAAGGUUAAGGAAUUACCAGCAUAUAUAGCAGUAUCAUCAAACACCUCUGGGUCAACACCAAAAGAUUUGUUUGAAGAUGUUGCCGAGGAACUAGAGAAACAGUAUCAUGAUGACAAGGCACGAAUAAAAGAUGCACUGAAGAUGGGGAAGAUUACUAUGGUUUCAUCAUGGACAUUUGAAAACUUUAAAAUGGCUAUUUCAGAAGAUGAAAGUUUCCCAUCAACAUCAGAGACAAACUUAAAGCUUGUAUUUGAGGAACUGGUCGAAAGGCUCAAAGAGAAGGAGGAGAAAGAAGCUAAGAAGCGCCAACGUCUGGCAGAUGACUUCUUUGAUCUUUUAUACUCCAUCAAGGAAAUAACUGCAUCUUCAGGGUGGGAGGAGUGCAAACACCUGUUUGAAGAUAGCCAAGAAUAUAGAUCCAUUGCUGAAGAUAGCUUCAGGAGAGAGGUUUUUGAAGAAUAUAUUGCACAUUUGCAAGAAAAGAUGAAAGAGAAGGAACGGAAGAGAGAUGAGGAAAAGGCAAAGAAAGAAAAGGAGAGAGAGGAGAAAGAGAAGAGGAAGGAGAAAGAGAGAAAGGAAAAGGAGAGAGAACGGGAAAGAGAAAAGGGGAAGGAACGAUCUAGAAAGGAAGAGGCAGAGAGCGACAAUGUUGACGUAACUGACAGUUACGGUACAAAGGAGGAUAGGAAGAAGGAUAAGGACAAGGAUAGAAAACAUCGAAAGCGUCAUCAAAGUGCAGCUGAUGAUGUUAGUUCUGGAAAAGAUGAAAAAGAUGAGUCUAAGAAGUCCCGCAGACAUACCAGUGACCGCAAAAAAUCAAGAAAGCAUGGUUACACAACCGAAUCAGAUAGUGAAGACAGGCACAAGAGGCAUAAGAGAGAUCGAGAUGGAUCCCGCAGAAAUGGUGCUCAUGAGGAGCUUGAAGAUGGCGAAGUUGGAGAAGAUGGGGAAAUCCGUUAGUCCUCUUAAUCCUUGCUGUUUUGCUAAUUGCUGCUUUAUAUUUUCUGUUUUUAGUCUUUUCACAUUGACUAGAUGAUGGCUGCGAUAGCAUCUUUACCUUUGUAUGUUUGUUAGAUAUUAUGUUCUGGUAUCAUUUUAGUAUUCUUUUGAAGUAAUCAGCUUCCAUUUCUCUUGCA